UUGCUUAAAAUUUAUUGAAAUAAUCUAAAAUGGGAAGUUCUAAGUCAAAAGAGAUUAUCAGAGGUGAUCUGACAGACGACCAGGAGGAGCUGAUCGAUUCUAUUUUCAAACAAAUCGACAUAGAUGACUCGAAGACCAUCGAUAUAGAGGAAGCCGCUAAGUAUUGGGAAAGCUGUUUCGCGAAAAUUAAUGCAAAGGAAUUAUUCAAAAGCGUUGACUUCAACGAUGACGGAGAGAUCUCCUACGAUGAGUGGAUCGACUUCUGGAGGAUCGUCAAAGGAGCAGGGCAUACAGAUGAGGAGAUCAUGGAAGAAUUAGAGAAUUUACGAGAUAAACAAUCCUGGGUUGGAUUUAGCGGCCUUCCUAAAAUGAACUAA